CUGCGUGCAGUCAACGCAGCCAAGGAGUUAUGAGCCCACCCAAUACCUCAACCGGUAUGGUGACGUUUACAAUGCCUGAUUGUAUCGUACACGAUCAUUGCAGGUAAACAAAGGUGAAGCAGCUUAUACAUUAUCGGUGAUUUCCUCGGAAACACGGCUACGUAUUGAUUAUGCCUGUGAUGUAAAAACAACACGGAUUGUUACGUCAUAAUAAACUGGUGCAUAGUAGGCAGCUCAGGUCCUCAAAAAUAAGGUCCUUCUGGUCAUAGCAACGUGAACAGCUGAGAGACGCGCUUCUGCGGAGGAAGAUACUGUCGGGAGCUCGGAAAGGGAAUUCGGAUUUUGAUCGGUCCAGAAGGCAGGGAAUUUCCCAAGCGUGACACAUCGAUCUGCUUGACUCCAGAUCACGAAGGGCGAGAAACUCCUGAAAAUGACUUACACGGCCAAGAAGUGCGGGGUCCGGUUCACCCCCCCAGCCAUCGUGCUGAUUUAUGAAGACGCAGUAACGCAGAAGGCGCGGAAGCGGAUCAUGCCCGUUCGGAGCUUCUCGAAGUUCUCAGACUGCAGCAAGGCAGCAGAGCGGCUGAAAAACAACGUGCGGCAUAGCGCCUACCUGCAGGACGUGUCCAUGAGGCAGAUGGAGAGGCUUCAUGUGAUCCUGCGAGACCGAUUGCUGGGCCGCACUCUGGAGCAGAGCCUAGCCUCGCUGCGCCUGGACCCCAACGAAGACCUGAAUAAGCUUGGCGACGAGGAACUGUCCAGGAAGAAGGCCCGGAUGGAUCAGCUCUUUGAACAGAACCGCAAAAAGAAGGAUGACCCAGACUUCGUGUACGACGUGCAGGUGGAUUUCCCACAGGAUGAGCGCCUGGAGACGUGCAGCUGGGAUGAAGAGGAAUCGGAUGGAGGGUUUUAGCCCUAAGACUGAGACUGAGAGACUGGCGGACAGCACUGCUACAUGGCAUUUCAGAUAUGGCUGAUAUAGUGGAAAGAACUAAGGAAAUAGUGUUUUGCUGGUCAGAACAUUUUCACAUCUCUAAUUCAUUUUUAAGAUUAUGAAUUGCAAUAUGUACAUAAACCAAAACACAUUGUGCCAUAGGAUAUAAAAUGCAAUGGUCUUGUGAAGUUCAAAAAGUUCUGUACAAAACAAACAUGUUGUUCAUCUUUAAGUUUUCUUGUAACACCAAGCAUAUUAAUGUAGAGUUAAUAUUUCUAAAUUUACAAAGCUAGUGUGAGAAGGCUAACAAGUGAUCAUUCCUUGCUGAGGGAAAAAAAAAAA